GAGAGAGUUGUUGCAAAUUGCAAAGGUGUAAACUUUUUUCAGUUGUUGAUCUUCAAAAGGGACUCUGUUUCUCUUAGCUAAGGAUUUCACAUGUUCUCUAUCACCACAAUCAUGUGCCUCCUUUUUCUCUUGCUUAUCACAAAGUCUAUGUGGAGAACAAUAAACAUUGCUGCAUAUAAGGAAACCAAACCCUUGUCACAAAUUCUGUGGUCGCACUUAUUCACUAUGCCGUUUGAUUAUUAUGAUUACGACAAUGAAUCUGAGGAUUACGAUCGUUUUACAUUAAAAUUGCAACGUUCUUUGAUCCGUUUCUGUGAUUGGGGAACUAGGUUGAAGAUAAAGUUUAGGGUUUUGAAACACCUCUAUAAUGCUACUCACCAACUGCAAACAAAAAAAGCAGGUGUUCGGGAGGGGUGACAUCACUAAUAAAACCUAUAAGGAGAAGGGAUCCCAUGGAUGUUUUUCAAAUGAGUAGCGCAUGCGACUAUAUGCAACACUCAGUCAGUAAGGUUAGAGUUUGUGAUACAUGUGGGGAUUUAGGGCGAGAAUACUUGCUUGCUUCUUGUAAAAAGUGUACCGAUGGUGCACAACACACGUAUUGUAUGUGCGUUCAACUGAACAAAGUUCCUAAAAGUUGGACAUGUGAAGAGUGCAUGCCGAGGGAAGGAGCUGGCUCAUCAAUGCAAGAUACGGUUCAAAAAGUUGCCAGAAGAAUGAAAGGACGCCUACUUGAAAAGCAAAUAAACCAUGAAUCUAUUAAAGGUUCAAAAAAAAUUAGAUCUCCAAAUGAUAGGAAAAGUAGGACAAAUGAUGUAAGUUCUACAUCUCGUUCAAAACUUAAGAGACAUGGAGACCCUUUAAAAGAUCAAGAAAUGAAAAAAACCAGGGCCGUUGAAAAAAGUUUUGUAGCUCCUAGCUCAUCAAAACCCUGCAACAACUCUCUAAUUGUUUUGGCUUUACCGUGCCAAGUAAAAACAAAAUCAAUCAAAAGUAUUGUUUGUUCUUCUCCACAAAAAUUUUGUGAUUACCAAGACAAGGAAAAGGUGCCUCAUGCUUGUGGUGAUAGAGAACAUGUGAAAUCCUUACCUAGGUUAGGAAAAAGUGGAUGGGCUCGUAAAACAAGCGAUAUAUCUCCCGAAGCAUCCAAUUCACAAAACUAUUCUACUCUAAGUAGGAAAAAAUCUCCCGAAUCAUCUAAUUCAUGCAACCAUUCUACCUUAGGCAGGAAACCUCCAUCCAAGAAGUUUGGGGAGCUGAAAUUGGAGGAGACGAAGAGUGUUACUCCUCCGAAGCUAACAUCAUAUGUUGUUGUGAAAGAGGAAGGGUUACCAUAUUGUGAUUAUCAAGACAAAGGUAAGUCUUCCCAUGCUUGUGGUGAUAGAGAACAUCUGAGAUCCUUAGCUAAGUUAGGAAAAAAUGGAAAGGCUCGUGCAACAAGCGAUCUAUCUCCCGAAGCAUCCAACUCACACAACCAUUCUACGCUAAGUAGCAAAAAGUCUUUCAAAGCAUCAAAUUCUCCCAACCAUUCUACACUAGGUAAGAAACCUCCAUCUAAGAAGUUGAGGAAGGUGAAAUUGGAGGCUGCUGGUAGUGUUUCCCCUCCAAAGCUAUCUUCAUAUGGCAUUGUGAAAAAGGAAGUCUUACCAUAUUGUUUUGGUAAUGGAUCGUUAAAUUUGGGUUCACAAACUAAGAUAGCACGUGAUAAAUGCUCUCAGUUGAAGUCAAGUUCAUCCAAAGCUGCAAAUUUGAAAACUAAAGAGAAGUCAGCAAAGGCUGGUUGUUUGCAAAAGCAGAAGGAUGGCAGCAAUCAAGUGUUUCAUGAUAAUAGAAAGGGAAAAGGAAAGAUUGGAAAUGAAACUAUUUCUAGUGGCGAUGGUGAUACUUUAUUUUCAGGAUCCAGUUUUCGUAAUUUUGAUGUUGAUAGUUCAGCAAAAUUGGAUCAUAGAUUACAGGCAAGCAAUUUCGACACUCAUAAAGACACAGACUAUCUGAAUGAAAAGAAAAGAAAGGAGAGCCGGCAAGCUGAGGACCCCACAGAAGCUACUACAGCUAUAAUGGAAGGCCAUGCUUUUGAUGAAUGGUCUAGAUUGAGAGACUUGGCCCUGAUUGAGGCAACAAUUCUUUCACAGAGUCAUCUCAUCCCGGAGUUUCAUUAUUCAUGGCUAGGCAAAUUUCAGAUACACAGCAGUGAAGGGAUUGCAAGGACUUGUGAUGGGUUUCAAGCUCAUCUAUCAACUUGUCCUUCAGUUAAAGUUCUUGAAGUUGUGUACAAACUUCCUGAGAUUAUUAUACUUGAGGAACUGCCUCGAUUGAGGAUUUGGCCAUCUCAAUUUAUGGGAGCUCAAGUCACCAUGGAAAAUAUUGACCUCCACUUUUUUGCUAAAGAUGUUAAUAGCUAUAAUACAUAUUAUAGUGGAUUGAUGACUUACAUGACCAAGCAUGAUUUGGCUCUGAAAGGAAAUCUGGAUGGGGCUGAGCUUUUAAUUUUUCCGUCAAACAUUCUACCUAAGGAAAUCCAGCGUUGGAAUGAUUUGUUAUUCUUCUGGGGUGUAUUCAAAGAACGAAAGGCAAAUAACUCCACAAACUCAAACACACCGAUCUCGAAUGCUCUGAUGUCAGAAAAUGGAGACACCAAGAAAUAUCAGGCAUUUGAUCUGAAUGCUUACCCAGAAAAUGAAGAUGAGGAGGCAGGAGUUGCUGAAAUUCCUGAAGAUGACAACAAAGGUGGUACUACUAAUGCAAAACAUUCAGAAAAUAGAGACACCAAGAAAUUUCGAGGAAUCGAUCUGAAUGCUUAUCCGGAAGAUGUAGAUGAGGAGACAGGAGUUGUAGAAACUCCUUUAUAUGACAGCAAAGGUUGCACCCGAAGUGCAAAACAUGUAAGUGGUGCUAUUGGGAUUGAAGACAAUGUUACUGAGCCAUCAACAUUGCACUCUAUUGUUCCUGAGAAAGUAGAGGACUUUCCUGAUUGGGAAAUUGCAGAAACAUUAAUUCUUCUAUCUAGGAAAAUGAUUUGAAUGCUUGUGAGCAAUAUAAUAUGUCUUUUAUAGUUACCCUUUAUUGUUAUGUAUCACUGGAUCUCAGUGAUAAAGAUAAUCCGUACAUUAACAUUAGAACUUGUUUCCUUCCGGUAUCUGUGUUUGUUGCUGUAUAUGAACCCUUGGCCUUACUUUGUUGUCCUUUUUAUUUGGGCUGUUGUUGUUGGUUUAUGAGAGUACUAGGCCUGGAAACUCUUUGAUAUAGGCUGUUUUUUUAUCGAAAA